UUGUCGAGCGUGAUGUCUCCCAAUAUUAAUUCACCCCACCUCUAAUCGACUUCGCCGCAAGAAUUUGGCGCGAAACGCAAAAGUAACAGUUGAAGUAUUCGGUGACCAGAACCAUUGUAAUAGUCGAUCAUGGCGGAUGAGAUUGUCUGUUUGUCCAGCGAUGACGAUGAAGUCAAAGUGGCAGCACCAGCUCCUCCUUCUCGUAGGCGUCGCAAGAGUAAUGUGGCAAGAGGCAAAGGCGAUGGCAGCAGUGUUGCUCCAGCAAGUAGACGCAAGAAUGACAUUGUGGAAAUCUUGAGUGACAGUGACGAAGAAGAAGGCCAAGUUUGCAGUCGACAAAAUGGCAGUUCCAACUCGGGUGGAAAGGCUCUCUUUCUGGACCAAAUGGAACGAGCCAAGGCAGAAUCAUUGAAGGUGAUCAACACAACGACAACCAAGAAAAGAACAGUCAACCGAGUCUCUCUCGGUCAAUCGCUUCCUGCCAAUGACGACUCUGAUUCGGAUGAUUCCAUUGAUGCACUGCUAGUAGAUAUCCCUGGCAUAUCCAAGAAGAAGGCCCCCGCCGCGUCAAAGGCGAGCCCUUUGGUUUCUUUGGGUUCUAUGCAACCUGCCACUGCGAACCUGUCCCAAUCCUCGGUGGAUUCAUCAGCAUCUGCUCGCAAGUCAACACCAGUUGUGAAUCCAUAUGCCAAAAAGAAUCCAGUGACACCUAGGAACAAUCUUUCCAGACCUAGUCCAACCCCAAUUGUGAAUCCCUACACCAAAAAGACAACAAACAGCAAUCUACUGGGAGCCAUUGAUACAAACACAACUGGCUUCAAUCCAUCUAUAUUCCCAAUCGACAAUUAUCCCUAUCCAAGACUGUUGCCUCGGUCCAAACAAUAUCCCGAUCUUCGAGCAUCUUUCUUGUUGGCGUUUUGGUCUCGGGCUCGAUCCUAUACCACGCAGUCUCACACUGGGCCCAAUCUACAUGGCACUGUGACCAAGGUUGUCUCGUUGGCGUUGUGGCCCUAUCCCUUGAGGUCGUUGGAGGAAUUUUGUCAGCGAAAAACUUCCAACAGCUCCAAGCAACAGGACAGUACUCAAUACAACUCACUUCAACAAGAGUUGGACGCUGGAAAGGUGCACCGUAUUCAACUCCAAGUCGGUGCCAGUGGAACUGGUGGCCGCUUUUGUUCCAUUGUAGAAGCUUGUUUGGCUAGUCUCUACGUCGAGGUUGAAAAGCGGCGGAGACAAAAGCGAUUGGAUGGCAACAGUACUGAGGACUCCUUGCAGAAGCAACUAGCCUCCAAGGACAUGUGGGUUUCUCUGGCAGAUCUCAUACCAGCCAUUCAACAACGCCUGCUUCCUUGUUGCCCUGGUCGGCUUUUGCGAAAGAAGGAUGGCGACGGUGGCGUCGCGUACUAUACUGAUCAAAGCACCAAGUCAGCAGAGUAUAUGCAGAUUGAAAAGCUCAAGAUUGCCUGCACAACCCACACUUCCGAGGUUAUUCCGGAACACAACAAUGGAAGCUAUGGGUACAUCAGGGAACACAAGUUGAAAAAGCAGGUAGUGUUCGAGCUGACCCCACUGGGUUGGAACACCGCCCAGUGGAUUCUGAACCGCCAUUUCCCUUCAGGCCCAGGGCACUAUCGCACCAGCAAUAUUCAUUCCCUCGACCUAGUGGAGCGCGGUUACAAGGACAUAUGCGUGGGAGUGGACCGCCGCGAGGGUGGAUGUGGAAGGAAUGGUUUGCAGUCGAUGCUAAACCAUUUUGACAUUAUCAAAAUGCCCUACUUUGUUGAUACCUUGAUGAUCGGCGAUUAUAUUUUCGUGUGGACAGGAAGUGGCCCGGAUUACGGCAAGUUGUGUCCGAUUCUUGUGGAACGCAAAUCUAUUGAGGAUGUGGCACUAUCAAUGGCAGACGGACGAUGGCAGUCGCAAAAGCAACGCAUGUAUCAUGGGCAGUUCGUCUUUGGCUACCAUAACUGCCGCAUUGCAUACGUGAUCGAAGGGAAGGAAGAGAAACAACAAGUCAGCGGAGGCUACAUCGCCCAUCGGAAGCUUGGGAUCACUCGCGAGAACCUUGAUGAUGCAAUACGUCUGCUGAGACAGGAAGGGUUCGACGUUCUGAGGACUUCGUCGGCCAAGCAUACGUUUUUUGAGCUUUCAAAGUGGGCUAAGAAAGUGGGUCAGGAUGUAAGGGAGGGCAAACUAACACUCGAAUUUGGCUACGAAACCUUCAAGGCAGAAGUGAAAAAGAUCCCCCCAGGAACAGACUUCUCGAGGCUCGCGAAGUACCACAUGCAACAGCGAGUCGAAGGAGAGGAGAAAGCCAAGGCUGCGAGCAGUAAGGGCAAGCAAUCUGAAUCCAUAGACGACAACAAUGCAGCGUCCAUAGCCAAACAACCUUCCUCCAGCAAACCAGACUCGGCAGGUGCCAUCGACCUCUGCAGUGACGACAGCGACCAAGAGGACGUUCGGGAGUCCAUCACUGUAAAGAAGUCACCUUGUCAGGCGGUUGCCGCGGGCAAACGGGAAGAGAAAAAAUCAAAACAUUCCUCGAAUCGCAAACAAACGGGGAGAACCACUCUGAAGGAUGUGACAAAGUCGCAUUCUCAGCAAUCGAAUAUGUUCAAGCCUUCGCAAGAACUGCUUUCGUACUUUGAAGAUGAUGCAGGAAGUAGCAGCGAUGACGAAGAUGAAGAUUUGGCCCGAGCGCUCGCAACCCUAAAAAGGGCGAAGAAGGGAGAAGCAAAACAUCGCAAGCGAAAACUCGCUGCAGCCGAAGCCGAGAAGAGCAAGAAGCCGAAGAAGGCUGUUCGCAGAACAAAGUCUGCUACCACGAGUAAACCAAGCGACGACGCGAAAGUUGAUGCUCAAGAGGAGACUUCGAAAGAGAACAGAGCUAGUCCAAAAGAUGAGCUCACUGUGGCCCAGCUCCAACAGAAAUGCGCAGAGUUCGGUCUGCCCAAGACUGGCACCAAGGCCGACCUUUUGGAACGGCUCAAAGGACCCAAGCCCCCCGCGGUGUGGCUGCAACGAAAGAAGGAUGGUGAGUACGUACCAGCAAGACAUAACACCGGGGCUUGUGCACUACUUGUGGCUCUCUUCUUGCACGAACGGGAGGUGGGCGAAGAUGCUCCGGGUCUCUCAAAAGACGAACUCUAUGCGAAGGCCGAGGCACUCGAAAUCAGCAAAAACUCCUUCAGCGGUGGGACAACACAGACGGGACCAUACCACUAUGACGGCUGGAGCAGUAUGUCGUCUUUGCUCCAAGGCGACCCAGCCUUGGUGAAGCAGAAGAGGCAGAGGUACAAGCUCACGAGGAGCUCUGCCUUGGCCGGAUGGGCGUUUGCAAAGGCAAUGCACAAGUGGUGUCAUGAACACGGCGUGUGCAACAAUUGCGGACAAGACAUCUAAGAACGAAUGGGAAGAAGUAAUGGAUUCUAUAGUUGUUGCUGUAUAAGUAAAUAAAUUUGUUGUGUAGUGU